GCAACAUGGCGGCCAGCGGCGACUCGUCGGAGAGCUCGCUGAGGAAAAGACGCGUUGCCACACGUCGGACGGGGACCGACCCGGGUGGCAGCGACGAGGAAACCAGCGACGACGACGGGAAAGCCCGAGAGAGUGAAAAGGGGACGUUUCCGUCGCGGACUGGGACUUACUGGCUCACUCGGAUCGUGCUGCUGCGCUCCGUCGCCUUCAUCUACUUUGUUGCAUUCAGCGUGGCUUACAACCAGAACAAGCAGCUGAUAGGAGAGCGAGGGCUGAUGCCCUGCAAGGACUACCUCAACAGCGUUAAGCGAUAUGUAGGGGGUAAGAUUGGCAUGGCCGCCUUGGCCUACACCCCCUCAGUCCUCUGGUUCCUGGACUGGAGUGAUAUGGAUGUCAACCUUGAUGGUAUCGCCCUUGUGGGUAUGGCGCUGUCAGGAUUCGUCCUGAUGACCGGGAUGGCCAAUAUGGUGAUCAUGGCAACGUUAUGGGUGCUCUACCACUCUCUGGUCAGCGUGGGACAGUUGUGGUACUCUUUCGGUUGGGAGAGCCAGCUGUUAGAGACAGGUUUUCUGGGGAUCUUCCUGUGUCCGGUGUGGACUUUAUCCCAGGUCCCCCGCCGCUGUCCCCCCUCCCUCGUCUCCAUCUGGACCUUUAGAUGGCUCAUAGUCCGCAUUAUGUUGGGCGCUGGUCUCAUCAAAAUUAGAGGGGACAAAUGCUGGAGGGAGCUCACCUGCAUGGACUACCACUAUGAGACUCAGCCGGUGCCUAACCCCAUGUCCUACUACAUGCACCGCUCGCCGUGGUGGUUCCACCGCUUUGAGACGCUCUCCAACCACUUCAUCGAGCUCGCCGUCCCGUUCUUCACCUUCCUGGGCAGGAGGAUGUGCAUGGUCAACGGAGUCAUCCAGAUCCUGUUCCAGGUAACUCUGAUAGUGAGUGGGAACCUUAGUUUCCUUAACUGGCUGACCAUCGUUCCCAGCCUAGCCUGUUUCGAUGACGCGUCGCUGGGCUUCCUGUUCCCUUCUGGAGGUGGCGCAAAGGAGGCUGUGCGAGAGAUACAGGCUGAAGAGGCGGCUGGACGCACCCCGAAACCCACCAAAGGUAUGCUGAUGCGUCGAGUGGCGAACAUCUCCCUGGGCGUUCUCAUCGGCUACCUGAGCGUCCCCGUGGCGAUGAACCUGUUGAAUCCCAGACAGGUGAUGAACACGUCCUUCGACCCGCUGCGCAUCGUCAACACCUACGGCGCCUUCGGCAGUGUCACCAAAGAGCGUACGGAGGUGAUUUUCCAAGGGACAAUGAGUUCGGAUCCCAAGGAUCCGGAGGCGGUAUGGGAAGAGUACCAGUUCCUCUGUAAGCCGGGGGAUCCGUACCGUCGACCGUGUCUCGUAUCGCCCUACCACUACCGACUGGACUGGCUCCUGUGGUUCGCUGCUUUUCAGACCUAUGAGCAGAGCGAGUGGGUGAUCCAUAUCGCAGGCCGUCUGCUGGCCAACGACACCGUCGUCUUCUCCCUGAUGGACCACAACCCUUUCCAGGGCCGAGGCGUCCCCAGGUGGGUUCGAGGAGAGCACUUCAGGUAUAAGUUCAGCGAGCCUGGCAGCGCCAGCGCGGCACAGGGAAAAUGGUGGCUGAGAAAACGGAUCGGCGCCUACUUCCCUCCUGUGGACUUGGGAGGUCUCAGGGGCUAUUUCCAGUCCAGGAACUGGCCCCAUCCUCACAUACCAACAAAAAGGACGUAAAGAUAUUUGACUUUGCCGUAGAUGAAGUCGGAUGUUGCCCUCUAGAAGCAGGCCGGAUAAUGAAAAGUUCACACUGAGGCCAGCUGACCUUCAUCUCACUCACUCACCAUGUGAAUCUCCUGGAGUUUAGUAAAGACUGAUGAGGAUAUUCAAAUGCCUUGCAUCACCCUGCUCUUUAAAAAGGUAAAAAAGGACUUCAGGGAAUCUUAGAUGGCUUCUUUGAACUGAAACGGCAGAAAGUCUCAGAAGAUGUAUUGGGAAUCCUGGCAGUGCUUCUCACAUUCAGAGGUUCUUAAAGGAAACGUUAAUUCGGAUGUCUUUAAAGGUGUCCUCUUGAUGCAUGCUCAAUAAUCCAGGUAAGAAAAUCACAGAAGGUUGAAUCAGUUCAUCUGGACACAGCGUUAAUUGGGAGAUACGCUUCAUCACUCAUCUAAGUGACCUCUUCGGUCUAAACUGACUGCAGGUAUCCCCACCCUUAUAAACAAUACAGUGGCAUAACGACUGAAACCAAUCAAUCAAUCAGAUUUUAUUUGUAUAGCACUUUUCAUACAAACAAAUGUAACACAAAGUGCUUCACGCAAUAAAACAAUGAAAUCAAUAAACCCCCCCCCCUCCAAAAAUAAAUAAAUAAAAGUACAGGCAAAUUCUAGAAAAGUACAAACGGGUUUAAAACUGAGUUAGUGAAAUAAAUAAGUAAAAGUGCCAUAAACACUGAUUAAUUAAAAGUAACAACAGAGCAAAAUAUAUAAAACACACACACACACUAUGAAUUUAGCUGUAGGCUGUUUUGAAAAGUAAGGUUUUUAACCUGCUUUUAAAUGUGUCCAGUGGGGGGGGGGGCUCUCUCAGGUCCUCAGGCAGGGCGUUCCAUCUACUUGGGGCGUAAAUAGAAAAUGCAGCCUCCCCUGCUCUAGACCUAGCACGAGGGAUGGUUAAAAGACUACUGCCAUUGGACCUGAGAGUUCUUGCUGGUUUAUAGGGAAUUAACAUAUCUUUUAUCUUUUCAAUGAUCGGUUUCAUAUGCAAAUUGCCGUGAGCAUUAACUAGCGCCUCAGUGGCCAUGUGUACCAUUCACAGAGGACUGGGUAAUAGUUACAGUCAGAGCAUUGUACAAUGGCAGCAGAUGUACUGAAGUAGUGGCAUCAAAGAUGAGGAUGUGCACAGCCUUGAUAGGGAGGAGCGCUGGUUUGAACGGGGAGUCAAAGAGGCCAUCUAUGUGAAGAGGGAACGACCGUCCCUGAACCGGGGGGGGAGGGGGGUAAGAGUACAUCUGUCAUCAUCUAACAGUGCUGCGAUCGCAAACAUUCCCCAACCCCCUCUGUAUAGUACACAUGGCCAUCGAAACUCUAGUUCAUGAUCGUGCCCAUAUUUGCAUAUGAAACUGGUCGCUGGUUUCGGUCAUUAUGCCA